AUGACGACCACUACAACCAAUAAAUCAGACACAAGAUUUCUUGGUCUACCAAAAAAUAAAACAGGACUUUUUGCUGCUGAUACUAUUCAUGAAGUUAAAUCUACAAGAAAUCACUUAAUAAAUGUUCCUGCAUUAUCACCACAAUUUCGUAAUAAUGCUUCAACAAGUGUAUUAUUCGCAUCAGCAGAACAAAAUCAUCAUCAAUUACAACAAUAUCGUUCAUCAACAAAUGAAAUUCAACAAUAUUAUCCACUUGAUGGAAAUAAUGCCUCAACUAUUGAUUCUUCAAAUGAUUCACGUUUAACAAUGAAUGGUAUAAGAAAUGGUUUUCGACCAUCAACAGUACGUCAUCAAAAAUACCGUUUAACAACAGCUACAGCACAACGAAAUAAUAUUCAAUAUGAAAAUAAAGAUUCACCACCAAAAUCAGCAUUUGUUCAAUCACAUGCUUCAGCUAAAUUAAAAUCUGAAAUCGAUCAUCUUAAUAAUAAAUUAAGAAAACAUGGAGAAUCAAGUGCAAGUUUUCGUUAUCAAAAUAAUCGAGAUUUGGAUGGUACUCCACAAAGUGAUUUUUCCUAUUCAACAUCAUGUCGUCUGUCUUCUGCAUCGACUAUUUUUACAGCUGAUCGUAUUCAUCAACGUUUUUCAUCAGCUAUAACAAAUGUUCCAGCAAAUAUAGGCUCUACAAUGCCUAUUAUAAAUGAUACAUCUAAUCAAACUUCACAAAUUAUUGCGGGUAUUACUCCAACAUCACCACCACCACCACCAUCACCACCAUUAGUUCAUGAAACAGAUGAUAAUCAAAAAGAUACAAUAGACUAUCGAACAACUCAUGCUUAUCAGGUUCCACAACAAUCAAAUGUUGGUAGUGACAGUAUCUUUAUAACUGAUGCACCAAUAGUUUCAUCAAUAAAAACACGUUCAGCUAAAUAUGAUGGUCGUCAAAGUGAAUCUAAAUCUGUUUCGUGUCCUUUUUAUGUUAUGUAUUUAACAAAUUUAGCAAUGCAACAACGACAAAAUAAAACUGAUAAUAAUAUUCAUAAUCAUAAUAAUGUACAUGAAUUAACACCAUUAGGAAUGUCAUCAAUGGUACGUAAAGUACCAUUUAAUUCACGUAUAAGUACAGCUCAUGCAAAAAAUCAAUCAAUCCGACGACAAGUGAAUAGUCCAAUUAGUAUGAAUACUUAUUCAACUAUAGACGAUGAAGAUUCUAUGACAAUUUCAACAUCAUUUCCUAAUAAUAAACGUUUAUCAGCCAAAAUGUCUAACAGUGACAAUGAAAAUUCUCAUAUGUUACGAGAUAUUCUUCGAACUUCAUCAUGGAAUCAUGUACAAGUAUAA